AUGGCCGCCGGCUUCUCUGCCUCGGGCGCCUCUGCCGCCACCGCCGCCCAAUUGCGCGAUGAGGCCCUCGCUGCCGCCCAGUGCCUGGAGCGCGAGGCCUCUGCCGCCCGGGAAACCAACGCUGCCCGCGCCGACCAACUCCAGCAGGAGGCGGCCCUUCUCAAGGAUGCCGCCGCCGCCCAGGAACGAGUGCGCGCCGCCGCUGACGCCUUGUCCCAGGCGCGCGCGCAGGCUGACGCCCUGGAGGCACAGGCGGCCGCACUCCGCGAGCGCCUCCGCUCGGACUCCGACGACGACGGCCGCUCCACUUCCUCUGAAGCCGCCACUCUUGCGCACCUGCAUAGCCAGGCCUGCGCGGUCCAGAACGUCAAGUACUUGAUCCCGAUCGUCCUCGACCUCCAGUCUCCCCACUACUCCAAGUGGCGGGGCUAUCUGCUGCUCGCCCUCGGCCGCUACGAGCUCAAGGAUCAUGUCCUCAGCGACGUCUCCCAUCCCUCUGACCCCCACUGGCAGCGUAUGGACUGUGUGGUCGUGUCAUGGAUCUUCAACAGCAUCUCCUCCGAGCUCCUGGACAUCAUUCACGCGCAUGAUGCCGUUUCUGCCCGUGCUGCCUGGCUUGGGAUUGCGGAGCAAUUCCUUGGGAACCGCGAGUCCCGCGCCCUGCUCCUUGAUGCUGAGUUCCGCAACUUGUCCCAGGGAGACCUCACUGUGGACGACUACUGUCGCAAGAUGAAGGGCAUGGCUGACGCCCUCACCGACCUCGGCGAACCUGUCAAUGACCGGACCCUCGUGCUCAACGUUCUACGGGGCCUCAACGAGCGGUUCCAGUUCAUGACUCACAUCAUUACUCGCCAGCGACCUUUCCUCUCCUUCGCCGACGUUCGCGCAGACCUCCGUCUCGCUGAACUAAAAAUGGCGCCACCGUCUGCUGCUCCCACUGCUCUCCUCACCGCUGCACCGGGCAAGACGACGCCUGCACCCAGUGCUGCUCCCCCUCGCCCCCCGGCCACGACUCCACCCACCGGCGGCUCUUCUGGCACUAAUUCUGGUGCCAACCGUGGCCGUCAUCGCCGCGGCGGGCGCAAUCAGGGCACCCACGGCAGCACCAGCGUUCCUGGCGGGCAGCAGUGGCCGUCCUUCUACAACCCCUGGACCGGGUCCAUUCAAAUGUGGCCUAAUCCCGCACCUGGUGGCCUCCGCCACUCCUUGACGCGCCCCGACACUCCUCCACCGCACGCCAUGCUGGCUGGCACACCUCCACCGGGCAAUCCAGCUGCUCCACCAAGUCCCGGCGCACCGCUGCUUCCCACUCCUCCGACUUGGGCUCCCUGGACACCGUAG